AUGGAAGAUCCACCGUUGCAGAAGAUCGCGAUUUCCGGCCCCACACUCGCCUCCCUCAUCCAGCGCUUCUCCACCUCCCCCUCCGCCAUCCAUGGCCUCCUAUUCGGCCACGUCACCCACCUCCCCCUCACCCUCUCCGAUGACUCCUCCUCCUCCGCCCCCACCCUCCUCGCCACAGUUACCGGCUUCCUCUGCUCCCCCUCCUUCUACGACUCCUCCGGCACUGUUCUCCCCUCCGCCCUCCGUCCCCACUCCUCCCUCCUAGGCUGGUUCUCCGCUCGCCGCCGCUCCCCCCUUCGCCCCUCCAUGCGCGAGUUCUCCGUCACCUCCUCCCUCUCCUCUCUCUCUCAAUUCUCCUCCCCAAUCGAUAACUCAAACCCAAACCUAAACAACUCAAAUUACCGUGAACAACCUUUUCUCUUCCCUCCCUGCGUCUUCCUCCUCCUAGCUUCCCCUCCCUCCGACAACGCGCCCUCCUCGCAUGUGCACACGCACGAGUACCGCGCCUUCCAGUUCCGCACCGGGCCCCAGUGCUUCGAGCCCCGCUCCCUCGACGUCGUCAACAUCGGCCCCGCCUUCCGCGGCCACUACGGCGCCUUCAGCUCAAACUCGCGCCUCCCCGCUCUCGACUGCGGGCUCCGUGGCUCCCCCAUGGAUGAAGGCAGCGAUGAGAGACUUUCCGGGAUGAAGCAGGCCGCCAAGGACCAGAGGGAGCUCGACGGGUGCGCGGAGGGGUUUGAGAUUGGAAGAUUGAGCAGAAUGGUGGGGUCUGAUGCUAGGAGCUACACCGAGGGUUUGGAGGAGUUGUAUCAGAAAAUGCUUGUUAAAAUUCAGAAUUUGACCAGCUUGGUGGAGAAGAGUUCUGCUAUGGUUCUCGAGCAGGAAAACCAUAAUAGGAAGUUGAAACACAAAAUCUUAAGAUCUGCUGCCGCAGAAUAA